AUGUUAAAUUAAGAAUUCUAUGACAAUGCAUUGAAAACAUUGCAAUAAUUGUCACCUGAAAUAUAAGAAUAUUAAUUUCCUCAUUUAAGAUUGUUUACAGAUGGAGAUGAAUUUUAUUGUAUAAAUAAUGAUGAUUAUAGAGAAAUUAUGGUAAAUGAUUGACGAAUCAAAAACAUAUUGUUGGAUUUUGACUUAUGCUAUGGACAAGAGUUUAGCAGCCAAUAUAACUCUUUAUAAAUUAAUUAAUGCAUAAUAAAGAGGUGUUAAUGUAGUUUUAUUUGUGGAUGAUCUUUAAGGACAUUAUAAUAACAAAUUAACUAAAUUAUUUUAAUCUUAUGGAGGAGUGUUUUUGAAUUUGAAUCCUUUAAGUGCUUUUAAGAUAUAUGGAUAAGAGUUCUUUCGUAGACAUCAUGAGAAAAUGGCAGUAGCUGAUCAUAAAGCAAUAUUUGGUACAUCUAACAUAGAAUCUCAUUAUGGUGGUGUUAAAUGGGGCAAAUAGACAUUUCAUGAUAUUAACACUUAUACAGAAGGUAGACAUUUAUCAUAUAAUCUUUAAAAACAUUUUAUGUAUUUAGCUAGUUUAUAUAAAAUUUAAUUGAAUCCUCAUAAACCUACACCUAAUGAGGAUUUACUUUAUACAUUUAAUGCAUUCCCUCCUUAUUAUGAAUUCUUUAAAACACAUCCUCCAUUUAAUAGGUAAAUUUAAACUUAAAUUAUUGAAUCAAUAAAAAAUGCUAAAGAUAAUAUUAAAAUAGUUUAAGCCUAUUAUUAUUCUGUUAGAAUAUUUGAAAAGCAUUUACGUGAAGCAAUGGAUAGAGGAGUAAAGGUAGAAAUUAUAACAGCAGACAAAAGAGAUUAGCCUGUAUAUAGAUAUGCAUUCAAUCGAAUAUUAUUUUAGGGUGUUAUUCACAGAAAUCUUAAAGUUUAUGAAUUCCCUGAAUAAUUAUUACAUAUGAAAGGAUAUGUAUUUGAUAAUAAUUAACUAUUUUAUGGUUCAUUUAAUAAUGAUAGAUGGAGUUGGAAAUUAAAUCAUGAAUUUAACAUACUUACAGAGGAUGAGAAUGAAAUAAAAAUGUUUAUGGAUAUAUAUAAUGAAACUAAACUAAGGACUAGAUAAAUUGAUUACAAGAAAACAGGAACUCCUUUAAGAUGGAUAAAGAUGAAAUUUUGGGAAUGGUUCAUAUAUUAGAGUGAAAUAUUAAUGAGUAAAAAUUAAGGUUAUCAUCCUAAUAAAUAUAAAUAUAACAAUUUACUAAAUACUUGGGAUGAUGGAAUUGGUAAUUAUUUUUGA